AAAUCCAAGCUAGACAGACGGACCAUCCCAAGAUCGGCGCGGGGGGGACGGAUUUUUUUUUUUCCCCCAGCUGUAAACUUGGGUGGCUUUCUUUUUUGUUUUUGUUUUCAAAAAAAUUCUUUUCCUUCCCAUGUCUGUUUGCAAAACCCCAAGCCCUUUUGCCAAACUCUCUGCAAUUCAAGCCAAGCGAGACAGAGGGGGCCUCAAAAGCAGGGGAGUCCCACAUGGGACCCUAGCUUGUAUUAACAACACUUUGGUAGGAACUGGCGAAGGCCUGUGAGCUCCCCGGCCCCAGGGACUGGUGCUUGUACCCGCCCGCACCAGCAGGGGACCGUCCGCCGCCCGCCAGCCUGGAGCACCAUCUACACGUCUCCCCAGGCAGCUGCGGCCACCGGGCUUCCGAGGCCGGCCUGAUGGCGGAGCCGCGCUUUAACAACCCCUACUUCUGGCCUCCCCCUCCCACCAUGCCCAGCCAGCUCGACAACCUGGUUCUGAUCAACAAAAUUAAGGAGCAGCUCAUGGCAGAGAAGAUCCGGCCGCCGCACUUGCCACCGACUUCAGUGUCUUCCCAGCAGCCCCUGCUGGUGCCUCCCUCGCCCGCAGAGGGCAGCCAGUCGAUUAUGUCCAUUCCCAAGCUCCAGCAGGUCCCUGGGCUGCACCCCCAGGCUGUCCCGCAGCCCGACGUGGCCCUGCACGCUCGCCCAGCCACCAGCACUGUCACAGAAGGAACUGCCUUGGCUUCGGAGUGGGACUUGAUGCUUGGAAAGAACACUGAUGCCGGUUACCGCUCCUUUAAAAAACAGCAAAUUGAGCAGUGUAAAGUCUGCCCCCUUACCUUCUUCACCAAGUCAGAGAUGCAGAUCCACUCCAAGUCGCACACCGAGGCCAAGCCCCACAAGUGCCCGCACUGUUCCAAGUCUUUCGCCAACGCCUCUUACUUGGCACAGCACCUCCGCAUCCACCUGGGCGUCAAGCCCUAUCACUGCUCCUACUGCGAGAAAUCGUUCCGCCAACUCUCCCACCUCCAGCAACAUACAAGAAUCCACACCGGUGACAGACCCUACAAGUGCCCACACGCGGGCUGUGAAAAAGCAUUCACACAGCUCUCCAACCUCCAGUCUCACCAACGCCAGCACAACAAGGACAAGCCCUACAAGUGUCCAAACUGCUACCGGGCCUACACGGACUCUGCCUCGCUCCAGAUCCACCUCUCUGCGCACGCAAUCAAGCACGCCAAGGCCUACUGUUGCAGCAUGUGCGGGAGGGCCUACACUUCGGAGACCUAUUUGAUGAAACACAUGUCCAAACACACAGUGGUCGAACAUCUAGUGAGUCAACACUCUCCUCAAAGGACGGAGUCUCCCGGCAUCCCAGUGCGAAUCUCUCUCAUCUGAAUCUUGGGGAGCGCGGCCCCUCUCGAAUCGCAAAGCGGAGGGGGAAGGACAGCACAGCUUGGGAUAGGAUCACAGGAACCACAGCUCCUUCCGGGCACCCCCCACCACCCUAACCCGGCCUCCUCGGGUGCCCCCGCUGCCUCUCCCCCUCCACGGCCAGGAUAAAGAGACAGAGUCUGGACACGCGACCCGCCCCGAGCUGGGGAGUUCCUCCUUCAAUCUUGGUGGCAGCCAAAGACCGUUCCAGAGCACUUUGAACCUCUGUGUGUGUGUCUCUCCCGCCCCCCAAACAUCCCCAUAGCCCAUCUUGGUUUUGGAUCACCUCCAGCCUUUUUAAAGCCCCAGUCCUGUUUGUCCUUCCAGGUUUUGUCUACCCCCCCCCACUUUGUUUUAAUUUGAGAUCUAAACCAACCUUAUAAUUUAUUGGCCGCACACUCGAUGCAAUUACCAAGAGGGCACCGACCCUUUCUGGACUCUCUUUUGGAGAGGCAACGGAUGGGAUCCACGGAGGCACCCAGAGGCUUUGCCAAGGGCGAACGGCAGCUUUGCCAGGGGCGAACUGCCGCUAAGACGUCCGUCACAGGGCCCUCGAUGUGAAGGUGUCUGGUCUCGGGGAGGGGGGGUGGCCUCUGCUGCCAAAUUGAGCCAGAUUGCAGCAACCCCUGCUUGGAGCGAUUUAGGAGAGGGGGCGGGUGCCCCGGACUAGAAAGAAGCCGGAAAGAGAGUAGCUUUUGGAAGAUUGACUAGAGUGUGACACAGCUGGAGAGAACCCGGAGGAGAGCGGGCG